AAAUGUGAUCAAACAUUAGACGCAGGACGCGUUUUCUCCAUUAUUCUCCAAUUUUUUUUUAAGAAGUCGUAAAGAAUAUUGCAAAAAGUCAUUGUUGAUAUUACAUGCAAAAUAUGGUAUACCUGCAUUUUCCGUCAAAUCUAACAGAAGAAGAGUUGAUGCUGCAGACUAAGUUCAACAAGCUGAAGAGAAAGAAAAAAGCGCUACAAGAUCUAAAAGCUCCUAAACAAGAAGCAGAACGCAUUCCUCAAGCUCCAAAACGGCCUACAGAAGCAAGAGAUGCUCGCGAAGUUGCCAAGAAGUUGAUUAAGUCUGGCGUAAUCACAGCUCCAAAGACUCCUAAGCGACCGGAGCAAACUUUCAAGAGAUCUCGCGGACUAGAAAGGAAGUUAAACAGUACAGAAAAGACGAUUAGUUCCUACCAACCAUUUUCAGCAAUGCAGGAAGAAGAAGAAACGGAGACAGUGAGGCCAAAAGUCAAGGAUUUAUAUAAUAACUUUGUUGGUGCUCAAAACACUGGAGAGAGAAAUACCAGUGAUGCUCCAGCUCCUGCUAAACAAGAAAUUAAACCACGUGCAGGAAAUACAAUAUACGUAUGUGGUUACAAAAUAACAGAGGAUUAUCUAAAGAAACAUUUCCAAAGUUUUGGAAAUAUUAUCCAUAUUUCCAUGGAAGCAGAGAAAAACCAUGGCUUUAUAACCUUUGAAAAGGCCGAAGCUGCUGAGAGAGCAAUAAGUGAAAUGGAUGGUAGCAUGGUCUCGUCCAUCCAAUUAAAAGUAUCGUUAGCAAGAAGGCAGCCGAUAAUAGAGCCAGUUAGCGACACUAUGUCUAGUUCUAUGUGGUCACCAAUAGCGGCUAAUUAUUCACAGAAAAGUGCACAUAAAGACAGACGGGAACUUAAAGUAUACGAAGAGGAUCUCUUCCAGUAACUGCAGGUAUUUUUGUUGGCAAUAAUUUUUUAAAUGCGAUAUUAUAUAUAAUAUUACCAAUAUACUAUUAUGAUAGAUCAUGAUAUUUUGUCACACACUUAUUUGACAAUGCGGUUAAUUUAUUUUUAAUUGUACUUUAAUUGUACUUUUUCGUUUUUCAUUAUAACAUAUAUUUAUCAACAAAUUUGAAUAGCAAACAUUUGUAUACUCUAUAUAUAAUAAUUGAUUUAUUAUUAUAAUUAUAACAAAAUUCAUAAUAGUGUAGAAAUAUUCAUCAAUAUUUAUUCAAUAAGAAAAAAUAUUAUAUAGUCGAACCUUGUUUGCUGUAAAAUCAGCUGAAUCUUAAAAUUUUAAUUUCUUUUUUUGUUUUUUCACAUUGAUUGAUUUUGUGAUUAAUUGGAUAUAUAAAAUGCCUUUUUGUUAACAAUUCUUUUAAUUAAAUGGAAGACACAAUAGAUAUUAUUCAUUUUAUUUUUAAUUUCAGU